AUGCUCUCCCAGUCCCCCUCCCUUCUGCCCAUAUCUCCGCUCCGCCCCGCGAUCCUCAUGUUCUCCCUCUCCGUAUUCACGGGCGGCAUGCGGCCAGAGCUGGCGCUGGAGCACUGUGGCGUUCUCAUAGAGCUCAGCUGGGGCGACGGAGGUGCUCGCGACGCUCGAAGGGGGUGGGCACUAGAGAAGGGCGCGCUAGACGUGGCGUGGAGGAAGAGGGAGCUGGACUGGGCGGAGGAGCGCCUUGGAGAGCUUGCUUUUGCAGGACGUCUUUGCGCUCUCAAAAACUUGCCGUCGAAUGCUCGUCUGCUCGUCUGGCGCGGACGCGUACUGCCAUCUACAGCAUCAAGAAUAUGUCGCGACGCACCUCUUUUUGGUGCCUCGGGGACGCGUUUGGGUGCGACCGUCUUGGCUUCUGCGAGCCUCGAUUCCCCCGCGCACAUUGCCGUCGACGUCCCCGACAGUAAGCUGGAAAGCUACGUCCCUAUCCAGCAAUGCGAGACACACAAGAUCCUCGUCGGGCUGCUGGGGUCGCCGGAAGUGUUCCUCACGCUUGUCAAGCGGUGCAUCGGCGCACUGACGAUAGAGGUUGCGGGAGCCCAUUUGUCACGCUCAUAUCGUCUACGGCGGUGGAACCGACGCGACCACCACCGUGUUCAAGGCGUUCUAUUCACGGUGGUCCUCCAUCCCGAUGCGUGCAAGAAGGCCCAGGAGGAGAUUGACCGCGUCGUCGGUGACUCGCGGUCGCCCGACUUCGGAGAUCGCGCGUCUCUGGCAUAUGUCGACCCCCCCCUCCACCCCCUUAAGAAAGUGACGAUCGGCUUAUGUCUGGGACAGGCGAAUCUGGACCCGCGAAUGGAGCACUCCGUUGUGGCGAUCGCGGCGUGGAAAGCGAAGUCGUGA